AUGGUCAAAGUGAGUCCUUACCAGGAUGCCUUAAUGGCAGCCGCCAUCCCCGGCGCAAAAAGACAUGCGAUUAAAGCCGCGGCAACUGACGACAAGAAAUUCUACAUCUACUCACAAGCCGCCGGGAAACCAAGCGGACCAAAUGUACACACUAUCUCUGGUGAUGAUGUCAAUCUUGAGAAAUUCCUUGGCUUCCUCCCAGACAAGGGCAUUGUACUUGCAGCCAAACCAGAUGGAACUUCAGCAAAGUUUGAUGACAGUGAUCCAUGGGCGACUUGGAUGACUAACUGGGACGAACAAAGCAAGAUGACAGUUACUUUCGACGAUAAAGACAAUUUAAAUAUCCAGGCGUUCAACUUUGAAAUCACUGCACCAUGGAACGUCACUUUCAGCUCUUCAGAUCUAACUCUCGCUUUCACCUUUGGUGGAGAGGACUUCUUCACAACCAGCGCAGCUAAAGUCCCCAGACCAGGCAUGACCAAAGAUGGAACUCCGGUCUACUUUGGACUUGACAUAAAUCGAACCCAAAAUGACUUGAAGUCCACAGUUGGAGGCCUCUUCAAACUGGCCGGCUUGCUCAGUAUUGUCCAAGUUUUGCCACCCGUUCUGCAGAAUCGGGGUGUAAGCUUGAUCCGCAAAGACGCUGGUAAGGAAAGAAACGCCAUGUGGUUUCGUCCUGAGAAUCAGUUUGAGACUAUCAUGAGGCUUCGUUUCACACUCGAUGAUAAUAAAGAGCUCAACAGUAUUUUUACUAAAGUUCUUCCUGGUCUGGAAUUUACUCAAUCAGCGAUGAUCUUGACGACUUCAAAGACUCUUUGUGUGACCAAUAAAGGCCAUCUUCCUCUAUCAUCUGGAAGCAUAGAGUUUGAGAUCGAUGCCAUCGUCAAGGCUGAUGACAAUCACAAAGCCAAGUUGUUGGUUGGUCUCGAGAUCUUUCCCACGGGAUACAGCCUGGUCUUUCAGUUCAAUUCAGAUAGCCAGAACGACGAUCCGCUUACUACCAUUAUCCUUUGGCUUGCAAGCUUUCUUCCUGACUCAGAGAGUCUCGAUGAUAUUAAGAAGCUGCUUGGGAAAGAGAACUUCUUCACAAGUCAUAUACACCUUCGCCAAGUUCGCAUUGAUCUCGAUACUUCUGAAGGAUACAUUCAACUUGAAAGUGUCUGCGUAGACAUUGAAGUCUCCACUGAUAAGUUCGGUGUCGAAAAUGAUCAGAGCAAGAGAGUUCCGUUCUUGAUUACAUAUUCUUGGACUCGGGGUAUUGGAUCUUUUGGCACUUUGCUUGGUCGCCUCUGGAACGGCUUCAAUACCGACCUGACCAGGGUCCUGGAUCCUCGCUAUGAGAAGAUCACUGAUCUUCAACCCCUAACUCAAAACCCAACGGGGACAAUUGAUCUCCCCAGCCUCAUAGCCGGAGAGAAGAUUGAAAACAUUCCCAAAAAUGUGCCAACACAGCUCACACAAGCAAGCAUUGAGAUUUCCGAUAAGCACUUCGCCAUUGGUGCAAUGCUCCAAUCAAAGGCCUUUCCCGGUCAAGAGAGCACAGUGCCUCAACUCGAUCUUGGUCAGAUUAUGCUCCAGGCCUCUUUUGAAUGGAACAGUAAGUCGAAUUUCCAGCUUGAGCUAGGUAUUACCACGCUUCUGCACCCUGGGAAGCACUCCAAGCAUCAAGACACGGCCGCAUUGAUGGGGUCAUUGAGCUAUUCCUCUGGGGGUACUUCUGGUGGCACUUGGAAGUUGCAGGCGUCAAUGAGCGAUCUGUAUGGCUCAAACUUGUACGAACUAUUUGAUCCGGGGUCUGUCGACACGGUGAUUCCCUUGAUUGAAUCCCUUCUCAUCAAGGAUAUUUCCUUUGAGUACGACUACAGCAAGGGAGAAGGAACUUCGUUCAAUUUCCGCGGCGACAUUCUUCUGGGCGAGCUUGAACUCCAACUCAAGUUUGACUUUGUGAACCAAAAGGGCUGGACCUUCAAUGCUCAACUUACACCACAGUACAAGCAAGCUACUAUUGGAGAUAUCAUUUCAAGCAUCAUUCCUGGCGAUGAUCUGGAUCUUCCACCAUUCCUUGCAGAUACACCUUUCAGUGGAAAGAGUGAUGAAGGCGGUAUUUUCCUCGAUGUUGCGAACCACAAGGGAGAUUCUAGUACUUUUGUGUCACGUAUCACGAUAUGGGACCUCAACUUGCUGUUUGCACAAGUUCACAUGGCUGGUUGGGACCCCAAGCUCCCUUCCAAGAGGCUUAUCAAUGUGUCGUUUGUGUCUCCAAUUUCUGAAAUUUCCAUCCCUCUCAUCGGCAAUAUUCCGCAGCCAUUCGAUGAGAUUUACAUCAUGUGGGUACAGGACAGCACUAAGAAGGACCCUGUUGCUGGCUUGACCCGGAAAGAGAUGAAGACUCUACAAGGUCCUCUUGCCGAAUACACUCCUGUUGUCAGAGACAAGUUCAAAGAUAAGAAAGAGACAGAUGUCCUCGUUACCGCGGGAGCUCACUUCGCUGUUAUCUCGAAGGACAGUAGUGGGAAUCGAACCUGUAUUCUCGACUACGACUUCAAGAAGAAGACGUCUUCUUCUCCCAAGACAGGAAAGGAGAUUGAGAAUAAACUUGAUGGAGCUCCAGCUCCAGCUGAAGGAAUUACGGAAGAGGUCAAACCUGAUUCAGAUGGAAGUAGCUCGUCUGCUCCUCUCAAGAAAAAGGCUGGUCCUCUGUCCAUCAGCAACAUCGGUCUCAAAUAUGCGAACAAGCAACUUGGUAUCAAAUUCACUGCCACCUUUGACCUCGGACCUCUUGAAUUCUCCCUCAUUGGCUUCCAACUCAACUUUGAGAUCAACGGGCUCAAGAACAUCAAGCCUCUUCUCCCAAGUCUCGAAGGCUUGUCAGCAUCAUUCGAGAAGCCCCCUCUAACCAUUGCGGGUAUUAUUCGCCAUGGCAAAGAAGGCAACACGGAGUACUAUGCCGGAGGUCUCAUCAUAGGAUGGGUUCCGUAUCAGCUCGAAGCAGCUGGCUUUUACGGUGAAUGCAUUCCCGAGGGUGGAACCAAGGAGCAAAUGUUCCGCUCCGUCUUUGUGUUUGCCAAACUAGAUGGACCACUGAUCACUCUUGAGUUCGCUGAGAUUUCAGGUCUGACUGGUGGUUUUGGAUAUAACUCUGAAGUUCGAACUCCAGCGCCAGACCAGGUGGUCAAUUUCCCCUUCAUCAAGUCAACUGGCCUUGCUGAUGCCGAUGAAAGUGCUCUCAAGUCGCUUGAGAGACUUACCAGUCCCAAUGCCGACGGCUGGUUUAAACCAAGUGUUGACACGUACUGGGCGGCUGCUGGUCUCAAGGUAGAUGCCUUCCAGAUGAUCUCUCUAGACGCUGUGGCGCUGGUGCAAUUCGGAGAGUCUAUUAUCAUGGGCAUAUAUGCAGUUGCCUUAGUUGAUAUUCCUAAUUCUAACAGCAAGGAAAAGCUUGCACAUGUAGAAUUAGGAAUUGCUGUCGUGGUGGAUCUUGUCCAUGGCUUCUUCAAAGCUGAGGCUCAGCUUUCACCUAAGUCGUAUAUCCUUCACCCAGACUGCCAUCUAACUGGAGGCUUUGCGCUGUACUACUGGUUCGAUCCACCGAAUGGACACAAUCCUAUAGCUGGCGAUAUAACAGGACAAGCUUAUUUUGCUAUCACACCGAAGGUAGCUAUGGCUGGUGGGCGUCUCCAUGCCGCGUUCCAUGCUGGCCCUAUCAGUGCUUGGUUCGAUGCAUUUGCCAACUUCCUCAUCAAGUACCAGCCAUUCUACUUCAAGGCUGACGUCGGCAUCUGUGUCGGUGUUGCGGCUGACAUAGACUUCCUGUUCAUCCAUGCUCGUAUAUCUGUGGAAGUCGGUGCUGAACUGGCUCUUUGGGGGCCUCCUCUUGCAGGUCGUGUUACUAUCGACAUCAAGGUGCACAAAUUCCACAUCGACUUUGGUGACUCUGACAGUGGAAACAAGAAGCUUUCUCUUUCUCAGUUUUAUGCCCUUGUUCUUCAAGCGAGCAGUCAAGGCGGUGGUGCGAGCUCAUUGGCAGAACCUACUCCAUCUCGCAUUACGGAGGUUGGUGACGACGAUGAAGAGGUCUCAUCGGCGAGCGUCACUACACCACCAGAGAAUCAAGGGCACACGUUCCUUGCACAGUCUGGUUUGAUGAAUGACAGUGAGAAGCCUCAGCGCGAUCCUAAUGCGUCUUGGACUGUUCGCGGUGGUACUUUCUCCCUUGUGAUAGGCUGCAAGAUGGCUGUUUCAAAGGCUGAACAGCUCAAGACCGAAGAAGAGGGUGUUGUCGACCAUGUGGCAUACAAUAAGGCAAGCAUCUAUGCUAAGCCAAUGGAGUUAACUCGUCCUCUACAGUCUACUCUUGAUUUCACCAUCACCCAGGGUGAAGCCCAUGAUAAGCCAGUAGAUGUCAUUGGAUGGGAUAUGGCCUGCGAGUUGAAGUCUGUUCCUACAGGAUUUACUUUCUCUCCAUCAGAGUCUUCAACUAACAUUAUUCCAGAUAAUGGUGGAUCUGAUCCCGUCCACAGUGGUAACAACAUCGACUCUCUUCUGAAAGCUGAUGACGGCGGCAUAACUCUCAUGAUGGGUGUAUCUCUCAUCGCACCACCACCCGACAUGUCACAGGACAAACUCCAAACUUUCAAGAUCCUCGAUGCUAAUCUUGAGAGAAUACUUCCCGCCAAGGGCUUCCCAGAUGAACAAAUGGCGUUGGAACAUUGGGAUCCAGUCGCGCCGUUGAAGGAUGACUCCAUUCCCGAUGACGCUCCCGGUAAGUAUAAGAAGCAAUUUGAAAAGGUCCAUGAGAAGUGGGCUACGCCAGACUGGAGUGAGCGAUAUGAAGGCGAUUUGCAGGCUGGUUUGGUCUCACGAUGGGCUAAGGCUUUCAAAUGGGAUGAGUCACUUUCUAAGAUUGCCAAGAUUCCGGACUUGGUAAACAAGCGAUUUACGAACUUGUAUCUUGAGGCACCUCUUCUUACUCGAUAG